AGGCGUACAGUAAGAAUUACAAUCUUCAGUUACUUAACGGAAGCCGAAAAGCACUGCAUAUACUAUGUGGCAACCUUUUAACAUGCCAGUAGUAAUGACACCAUCCUCAAUGAGGUUACCCGAACGAGGGCUGUGUCUCUGCUGGGGGCACAUCAUGGAACAGAGGGACACAGCUUUGGGACACCUCCUUGUGGUCCUGCUGGGUAACAUCAGCCUCAGGGUCUGGAUUAGUAUGACAAACAAGGACUGGCGGCUAAGUUCCCAAAAAAGGGCAAUCACAUCUUACAACUGGAGCCUCCCACGCAGCAGCAUUAUAAUUCACAGAAAUCUAUGGAAGGAGGACCAAUCUGUACAUCACAACAAAAAUGAGCGAGAAGAAUGAAGAAAGAAAGUUUGAAUACAAAAUAUUCUCAACUUUGGAAAGAUUGCAUAUAAAUCCAUACCUUAUAAUGCUGAAGGUGACUUUGUUCAUGAUGUAUGGUGCGACAGCUUCUUUGUUGCCGUACCUGACCAUCCACAUGCAGAGCAUCGGGCUGACAGUUGACGAAAUCUCAAUGGUGUACCUGGCGCUUCCACUCACAACGUUCCUUAGUCCCCCUAUCACUGGCUACUUGAUAGACAAGUUUGGGCAGUACAAGUUUGUGAUGGUGCUGUCACUUAUCCUCAAUGCAGCAUUCCACCAUUCUCUGCUCCUUAUUCCUCACAUGGAGACACCUGGUGAGAUGCCAUCUGCUUAUGUUACGAAGCACCCAAAGACUGGUCAGUUUGAGGUCUGGUGGAGUCCAUGCCCAAGCCGAGAGUGCCCAGAGGAGGAGGAGCUGGACAUGGUAUUGGCUGACUGCAUGGACCACUGCCUGCUGGCAGACAAACCAGCACAACAUGCAAAGAGUAUCAAGCACGUCAUAGUGGCACCAACAGCUGUGACCAUGCCUCAGGCUGACAGCAUGAGCACCAUCAUUGUGGGGAACCUCGCCUGCUUCAUGCAGCAGAAUACAACACCUUCAGUUGUGAAAAAGGACCUUCACUUUUUAUUAGAGAAAGUUGAGAAGAAGCACAAAAAGAGAAGAAAGCAUUGGAGGAAAGAUGGGCCAGCAACUGGGAUUGGGUCUCCCCGAAAAGGCACAAAGAAGGCAGAAUUAAUGGCUGGAUUCUUUUUGAUAGACAUGCAUCAGAAUCUUGAGAAGCCACCUGAAAGUCUGGGCAUCGAGAUGGAGCCUGAUGAUAAUGAUACUUCAGACUUCCAGCAAAGGUUUGGUGAGAAGUUGUUAAGGGAUGCAGGGGUCAAUCUGACAGAAUUGGAGGAGGAGGACUUGCGAUGUGGGGGGUUGCUGCUUGCUACUAACCUCACUUAUAACACCCUGAACCACCUGGCUGAAGACUGCAUGCUGCAGAAAUGCAGUUUCAGGGAAGGUGGCCCUGAUGUUUGCCCACCUGACUACAAGGAAAGUGAUGAUCGCACUUUCUGGAUCUACUUCUUCUUGCGCUUUGUGGGGACUGUGAUGCUGUCUGGUGGAGUCAGCAUGCUUGACCCCAUCGCCCUAACUAUGAUACAGAAGUAUGGUGGACAGUUUGGGCGCGAGAGGCUUUUCUCCACCAUUGGCAUGGCCAUAUUCUCCCCUCUGGCUGGACUGCUUAUGGACCGGAGCAGCCGUCAAUUGAAUUACACAGACUACUCAGCUGCAUUCUACACCUAUGACAUCUUGCUGGGCAUUUCAGCCAUCACGAUUCUCUUAAUGCCCCUUGGAGUGCACUUGCCAGCCGACAAUAUAAUGCGUGACCUUCUGCGUAUUGUUCGUUUGCCACCUGUCCUCCUCUUCAUCUUUUUCCUCUUUGCACUUGGUAACUUUUGGGGUUUCAUUGAAUCCUUCCUUUUCCUGUACCUCAAGGAACUUGGAGCCCCCAACUCUUUGCUUGGUAUUACUGUAACGGUUGGGUCUCUGAGUAGCAUUCCAUUCCUGUAUGGAGCUGGUAAAAUCAUGCAACAGUUUGGCCAUGUUAACAUUAUCAUCAUUGCCUUCUUCUCGCAUGCAGCACGCCUUGUUGGCUAUUCCUUCAUUGAGAACCCAUGGUGGUGCUUUCCAUUUGAAGCAAUUGAAGCACUUGCUGUUCAUCUCAUGUGGAUUGCUGCUGCCACCUACUGUGCAGUUCUAGCACCUAAAACACUUCUUGCAACUCUGAUUGGUGUUCUAGGGAUGGCACAUUUCAGUUUAGGUCGUGGAAGUGGCAGUUAUGUGGGGGGAUGGUUGAUCAGUGUAAUGGGUACCAGGGAGUCCUUCCGCAUCAUGGGGUUUCUGGCCAUUGCUGGUGGUGUGGCCUAUGGAUUGCUUCAUUACUUCUGGUUGCGGAAAGUGGAAUUGAAUGCAAAGGAUGAGGAUGCAGCAGCUGCUGCAGCAGAAUGUGGAGAAGGGGAUCACCUGAACAGCGAGGCUGGUGACACUGCUGCACCCAGUGUAGAGAGAUUAAGUCUAAUUGUUGAAAUGAACCAUCAUGGCUCACUAACUUCACUUCAUGACAGCAGCCACAGAGGCAGUUCCAUCUUUGAACUGAGGCCUGAUGGAAGUGCUUUGAAGGACCUCUUACAAUCUGCACAUGAAGCAAACCACUGCAGAGAAUCCAAACCACAACUGAACUGCAAAACUUCUGGUGGUGAUUACAUGAAAGCUGGCAAAGAACAGGCGACUAAGAAAAAUACUGAGAAUCUUCCAAAGCCAGGAAAAGCAAUCCCUGCAUCUUUGACCAUGGAAGUGUGGAAGAACUGUCAUGACUCUGUUCAAGAAGCAGAGGGUGAAGCUGAUGAAGGCUUCAAGAAAGUGCCAAACCACAAGACAUCCUAAGACAAGUGCUCGAUAGGAAGGACUCAUGUUUACAGAAAGAGGGACGAUAUGGAGCUUAAUUUGCAAAAUCUUGUAACUUUUAAUUUAGUGAAACCAGUUAGUCUGACAUGGAUCUAUUUAAAAGUAUGCGUAUUUUUGUCAUUAUGAAUCUUUACUACAUAAUAAUGUUGUGAUUUUAAAUAUGUAAUAAAAUUCUUCAUACAGAA